CUUUUAGCAGUUAGCGUCCUUCCUAUAUAUACCUUUCAGUAUGACUCUAUUUUCCAAAAGAAACGUCUCUUUUUUCGAACUCUUGCUCAGUUUUCUCUUUUGGGGUUGAAAUUUUUGGAGAGUUUUGUAGGUUUCUUCAUUUGGGUCUUUUUGAUAUCUGAAUCAAAGAAAUUGCUGUUAAGAGUGGAGAAGCCAUGGGUGUUGUUCAUACUCUGCAUUUUGUUUUUGGGAUAUUUGGAAAUGCCACUGCUCUGUUUCUCUUUUUGGCACCAAUAAUCACAUUCAAGAGGAUCAUACAAAAGAGAUCCACAGAACAGUUCUCUGGCCUGCCUUACGUGAUGACUUUACUCAACUGCCUGCUUUCUGCAUGGUAUGGCUUACCAUUUGUGUCACCAAACAAUCUGUUGGUGUCUACAAUCAACGGGACUGGAGCUGCAAUUGAGAGCAUUUAUGUACUGAUCUUCAUUGCAUUUGCACCAAAGAAGGAGAAGAAGAAAAUAUCAGCACUUCUUCUAUUAGUCCUAGCUGUUUUUGCUGCAGUAGCGCUUGUUUCCAUGCUCGCUUUGCAUGGAAAUAACAGGAAGCUCUUCUGUGGUAUCGCUGCCACCAUCUUCUCUAUCAUUAUGUAUGGAUCUCCUCUAUCCAUCAUAAGACUAGUAAUCAAGACGAAGAGCGUGGAGUUCAUGCCAUUUUUCUUGUCACUCUUCGUGUUCUUAUGUGGCGCUUCCUGGUUUGCCUUUGGCCUUCUUGGCAAGGACCCUUUUGUUGCUAUUCCAAAUGGUUUUGGCUUUGGUUUAGGAACAGUGCAGCUUAUCUUAUAUGCAAUUUACUGUGACAAGAAGGGAUUAUUUACCAAGAAAUCAACCCCUGAUGAUUCCUUGGAGAUAGGAAAUGAGAAAAGUAAUGGCAAGUCAAAGCUUGAGCAAGUUUAGAACAUGAUGAUUCUGGAACAAUUGCAGUUUGGUGACUCUAAUUCUUGUAUGAUGUUUUGAAAUGACUAGUUCUUGAAUGAUGUCUGUAAUCUGUAAUCUGUAUCUUUUUAGGUGCUAAUAUGUUUGUGAUUUUCCCUAGUGAUAUCUGUUUGUUCUAAUUAGAAUUGGACUAGUUCAGUUCCAUGUAUAUUAGUUUUCUCCUCAAUGCUGUUGCAAUAAACCAUGAUCCUUUUUUUUAAUUCUUU